GGCACGCCCGCGACGCACGUGAGAGAGUACCCACAUACGCCCCUUCGACGCGAGGCACAAAACAACGCACGCCCGGCGCGUGGUGGAGGAAAAGGGGGCGUGUCCCCGGAGGCUAGCCCGUUAGCAGCGAGCUAACGUCGACGCUGCUUUCACUCUCUGCUCGCAAAGCUCCGGGAAGCUCCCGCGGGGUGGCGACCGCUUCCUGGAAACCGAAAGUAGAAGCCGGCUGGCUGCCUUUUGUUUUCGCGACCCGUUCGGCCCCCGCCCCCCCUCCGUGGCAGCGGGCCGGCUCGCCCGAGUGUAACUCACAACUUCUGUCAGGCGUGUCCCGAUCCAAAGUUCGAGGACCGCUGUCAGCCGCGUUCGCCUAAGGUUAGUGGUAGCCCGCCCGGCGGCUAGCGGCUAGCGGCUAGAGGCUAGCGGCUAGGCUAGCUCCUCGGCAUGGACGGGUACGCGCCGACUAACGAGGAAAAGGGGGCAGAAAAGUUAAUGGACGAGUACUUAAAAUCAAUCGGUUUGCACCGGAAGAAGAUAGCCAAAGAUGGGUCGUGCUUGUUUCGGGCUGUCGCCGAACAGGUUCUGCACUCGCAGACUCUCCAUACCAAAGUUCGUGGCGACUGUGUUGAGUUCCUGGCAAAGAACAGAGACAGCUAUGAGGCGUUUAUCGAAGGCGACUAUGAUGAGUAUCUGAGCAAAAUUCAAGAUCCACAGCACUGGGUGGGGGAGGUUGAGAUCAAUGCGUUGGCUGUGAUGUACAGGAGGGAUUUCUUGAUCUACCAGGAGCCUCAUAAAUGUGCUGUCAGCAUCACUGACAAUGGCUUCACGGACAAGGUGCAGUUGUGUUUUUUAAACGGGAACCAUUAUGACAGUGUGUAUCCCAUCAGCCAUGUGAAGGCUGCUGCCUUCUGCCAGUCCAUCCUGUAUGAUCUGCUGUAUGAAAGUGUGUUUAAAGUGGAGCGGACUGCGCUGACUGCCAGUUUGCGAGGGGGUCGAACCACAGAACUGAGUGAUGACAACAUGGCGGUGUGUCCCAGCAGUGAUGAGUCCGACUCAGAGACACAUCAACACACCUGGGGGGAAGAUGUUGCCAGUACAACAGCCAAUAGAUACAACAGCCAGCAGCACUGCCGGGGUCGUGGGAGGGGUCUUUUCUUGUCUGAGAGGGUGAGGCGGGCUUUGAACCCAAACCUACUGAGGAACAUCGAGUAUGAUGUGUGGUUCAAGACCAAGAGAGCUCAACAGAAGAUGGACUUCUACAUCGCUGCUGGCCUGCAGUAUACUGUAGGGGGCAGGUGUCAGGUUCACCUCGACAACCAGGGUCGGAGCUUCAAUGCCACGAUUAAGGAAGUGUCGCCCAACAAUGGUCCUGUGACUGUCUACGUAGAGGAACUGGGCGAAAUCCACUCGGUCAGGUUGUGUGAUCUCAGUCUCCACGGUGAAGACGACGGCUGGAGGAAGAUGGUCAGCAGAGACAAGAGACUCAGCAAUGAACAUGGAGCUGAGAGUGGGAGAGGCAGGUGGAGGGGGAAGCCCUCUGUAAUGCCGAGUGGUCCCUCCUGCGUUAACCAAGCAGCAGACCUGGGCGCUCCUGGGCGUGUGCAAAAGCAGCACUCUUGGUCCCCACAGACCCCUGUGCAAGAACAGGCAAAAACCAGAACCAGCAGGAGUUCUACGAGUUCUGUGGAGGGGGGAUCGUUUGGUUUGACAGAUAAGGAGCGUUUGUUCAGAGAGGAGGAGCAGAGAUCCGCGGCACUGCUGGAGCUCCAACUCUGUGAUGAGCAGAGUUUCCCUGCGCUGGGGACUCCAUCCGUGACCCAGAGUGAGGUGAUGGUGAAGAAGAAGAAGAAGGCAGGACAGAAGAAUCGAAACACGAGUCCUGUGGAUGCGAAGCCACAAACAACAUCACCUCCUGCUGGGGAGAGACCCAAGUCCUCCAGCUCCCAACUCAGCGCAACUACUACAGCAACCUCUGCUAAUACCACUAAUAAUGCAGUUACUACUACCACUACUGCCUCUAACACUACUAAAGAACCACAUGAGAUGCCCACAGCUGCCCUGUCCCAGCCUCCUGCCCCAGGUCCUGUUUUGCAAAGCAAAAUAAAAGCAGCACCUCCGAAUCUCCCAAACACAACUGUGGCGGUAGCUUCAGUCAAAACUAAGGCUCCAUCAACCGGCUGUCCCUCUGGAGGAGGUGCUAGUGAUGCCCCGCCCGUCUGCACUGCCCCACCUGUCAAAACAAAUGGCUCUGUGAUCCACGUUGCCCCUCCCCUCUCUGUUUCUCCCUCUGUUGUCCCUCCUGCACCUAAACCUACUGCCUCCUGUUCUGUGGCUCCUCCUCACCCAUCCGUCUCUCCUCUUCUCUCCUCCCCCUCCUCAGUCCCUGCUCUUCCCUCUUCUCUUUCACCACCCACAUUUAUCGCUCCCAUAGCUCCCUCUCCUGUCACUGCGCAAGGCUUCCUCUCCCACACCUCCUCUGUCACUUACCCUGCUCUCCCUCGCUCCUCCCCACCGCUGUCCUCCAACCACCCCUCUUCUUCCUCUGUUCUCCGUCCUGCUGCUGCAGUCAACCACCUCCCCUCAACUCCAGCCCAUUCCCCAGAUGUUUUGUCAGACGGCUCGACUCUGGCUGUGAUCUCUCCUCAGUCACCCCCGACCAGCCACCCCACACCUCAACCUCCUGCUACCUCGCCCCAACCUGCUGUCCACCAGCCCCAAGCUACUUCCCCCCCACCCCAGCCUACUGUCCCCCUGUCCCAGGGUGCUGUCACCCAUCAUGAACCCCAGGCCUCCUUCUUUCAUCCUGCACCGGGAGCCCCUCUGCCCCUCUGCCCCACCCAGCUCCCCCCUCACUCUCAGCUGAACCAGUCUCACCAGCCACAGAGUGAACUGCAGACCAGCAGUACUUCUAUGUCUCCUCCCUCUCCCCCAUCUCAGCUCCCCCACCGUACGCCUCACCUGCACUCCCACUCGCUCCCUCAUCUGUCCCAGGUCAUGCCCGGGUUGGUCCCACUGCAGCAGCUGUCCCAGCUCUUCCAGGACCCUCUGUACCCUGGCUUCCCCCAGGGGGAGGGGGGGGACAUGGCCAUGACCCCCUCCUACUCCCACAGCAGAGCUGGAGAGGACCUGCCUAGGGACGUCAGUGUCCUGAGGUGGUUUUUCAACCUGGGAGUCAAGGCCUACUCCAACCCUAUGUUCUCUCCCUACAUGUACCUCUUUCCUCUCCAGCAGUCGUACACCCUGCAGCGCAACCCUCCCCACUACCAACCCACUUCACCCCCACCGGCUCCCCACCAUGUCUCCCCACAAGCCCCUCCCCCUGGCCCCGCCCAUCACAGUGACUCCCCCUUCACCCAGAUCCCCCUGCCCUUGUCCUGCCCUUCAUUUUCAGGACAACAGGUCCAUCUAGCUCCCAACACCCCCAGCUGCCCCUCAGGCUACUCCACCUCACAUACAUCCCUUCCUUCCAGUCGGUACCCUCCGCCCCAGCCCUUCAUGCAGGGUUACCCCAUGACCCCAGGUCCUCCAGUCUAUGCUGCCAGUAUACCCCAGUACCCCUCCUCCCUCCAGGGGUAUCCUGCUCAGACCAGCCUGGGGGAACAGCCUCAGCCCGCCAGUGUGGAGCCGCCUCCUGGCAGAGUACCCACUCCUCAGGAGGGCUCUGCUGCUGCUAAUGUAGCUAAUGCUAAUGGGAGCUGUGCUGUGUCGGCAGUUUCUGCGGCUGGUUUGGCAAAUCUGCAAGAGAACCAUCAGGGAGAAAUUCAGACCAGAGCUGUGUUGCUGGUAGACCCCCCUCUCAACAACAUGCCUAUAUUUGCAACCCCUGGCAAUGUCAGUCUGGGCUACCAGAGCCAGCCGGCCAAUCCUGUGAAAUCAUACGUUCCUCUGGGGGCUGAGCCUAACCUACGUUAUGGACCGCCCCUUUCUGGAGGAGCACCCCUGUCGGUUGGCUGCAGUAUGGAGGAGGACUGGUCUGGAUUGGUCAGAUCUGAACCCAUUAGCUCCUCCCAGAGAGGGAGGAGGUACCACGACCGCCCCCAAGGAGCAGAGAGAGGAGGCCGGGGAAGAGGAGCUUCUGAGCGGGGGAGAGGAGGAUUCAGAAGGAAACAGGGGGGAGGGGAGGAGAAGGUGGGGUUAAAUCAUGUCCAGUUUAACCCCUCUGUCAAACUGAGAGGCCGGGGGCGGGGCUACUAGCUGCUUUCAGCCAACGGGGAUGAGAGAGCCAUAGGAUUUUCUUACUCUGGUGGAGGGGAAACAUGAAGAGGCUUCCUUGAUUGGAUGGAUUGCAUUUCUACCCAUCCUGCACUGUGACAAAGCACACCUUUCCCACCUAUGAAUGUUUGAUACUUUUGAUUGGACAAAAUAACUUUUCUCUGCUCCGUCUUGUUCUGUCGGUCCUUAGACAUGAUCACAGCUCCCCCGGUGCACAGAAUGAAAGCUUGACUUGUUCUAGCUCACAGUACCACAACUGAAAAAUAUAUACUUUACAACUUCUAGCCAAAGCCUUGAACAGAUUUACUGUCUGCACUAUUCUGCAAGCAUCUGCAUAGUGCUGUUAGCAUAACCAGAGAGGCCUGCAUUAGCGCCAUCUAUAAAUAUCACACACUGCAUGAAGACCUGCCAGCCCAAAAUGACUGCCAGCGACAACUUGUGCUGUGGGACUUUGGUCCCAACUCAGUGCCUGUCAGAAAGCCCUUCACAUAAGCCUGCUUUGUCCGUUUCACAUGGUUCUCACACAAAAAGUUUAAAAUCUUUCUCUGCUGACGUAUUUUGUUGUUGUUGUUGUUGUUUUUUCUUUUGAAAUUGAAUCGCUUGUUACUCUGACUUGGUGCCUUAUUUCUCUCAGGUUAGAAACCACUGCUGUACAGAUGAGAGUGCUUAUUUUUCCUUAAGUUUGAUUAAAUAAAGAAAAUUACA